CGGAGAUUUCGGCGUUUAUUGUUGUGAUCAUCAAUAAAUUUCUUUAAAAUGUAAAAAUAGUGUUUAACAUUAUAAAAUUAAAAAAAUACUACUACGAAUGUAAUACAUGGUGCCGCAUCCUGAAUAAGUCAUAAUGCCUCCAGUAAUUUCUAGGAAUAAGAAGAAUGGCGCUGAAUAUGAGAAUGUAUUAAACAAUAAAUGCAAUGUUCUUGACUUUGAAAAAUACAUACAAGAGAAUAAAACAUUAUUAUUAAAUGAUCCAUUAAGAGAUAUUCUACUUUACCCAACAGAUGAUGUUUCUAGUGUAGUACUUCCCCGUCGCUGGAGGACUGUGACGACAGCAGUGCCUGAUGUGAGAACGGCUGCCACUUGCCCUUUGCUUACAAGACAGGCGUUGCUAAGCUAUGCCUCUAGUUGGAAUCUUGUGCAUUACAAAUAUAGCAACUAUUCCGGCUCUUAUCUGAAUUUGCCUAGACCAAUCGGCAAUAAGUUGACUGAGGAAGUUUAUGACAUAGAUACAGAAACCGAUUAUGAAAAUGAAGCUCAAACGAAGGUUGAUAUUGGAACCAAAGAAGGUUACUUGCUCAAAGGACCAGAAAUCGGCUCAGAUAGGAUAUUUAGCAAUCUUGCUUCUAAAUCAUUUAAAAAGCGCUACUGCUCAAUGGUUCGGGAAGCCGACGGCGCCUAUAUCCUCGAAGUUUAUAAGGAUGAAAAGAAAACAGACACCAAGCUCACUAUCGUUAUGGAUUUCUGCUCGGACGUUGUUAAGAACACAAAGCGCGGGAAAUAUUGUUUCGAAUUGCGUAUGUCUGGCAACAAAGGAUACACGUUCGCAACUGAAAAUGAAGAGGAUAUGAACGAUUGGAUAAAUGCAUUCAUAGCGGCUCUGAAAAAGAACCAGGACCAAGACGGUCCACAAUCAGACGAAGUGCUGGACAAAGAUGCAGACAUAUCUCUGACCGCGGAGCCGCCUCCUCCAACGUACGGCACUCUGAAGGGUCUCGAACACAGCAUGAAUCCACUUCUGAUGCGAUAUUCACGUGAAACUGACUUAUCGAUAGCAGCAGCGCGUAAUGAUUGUCGUUCUAACAUCUUCUUUUUACCUUAUAAACGAGCACCCUCGCCGGAACCGCAAUUGGAACCUUUCAAAGAACAUUUUGGCCAAAGAAUUUUGCUCAAAUGUGAAAGCUUAAAGUUUAGGUUACAAGCGCCAAUAGAUGGCGAUAAAGAACUGUUAUGCCAAGUCGAGCCAUACUACACACACCUCGCGCUGUACGACGCCCGCAGUGGCAAGAAAGUUACGGAAAAUUUUCAUUUUGACGUGAAUCACGCCGCGGUAAAGGAUCUAGUCAAAGAUAAUGAGUGCACAAAGUCAUUAGUAGAAAAUUUUAGCUACGAUGUUAAGUUAGACGUUAAACAAAUAUCAGAAGAAUGGUUCCGAUCAAAGAGACAGGUUGUGUUGUCAGUAAACAAUCCUCAUCCAGAUCUAUUUAUAGUAGUAAAAAUCGACAAAAUCCUUCAAGGACAUGUCAACCAGGUUCUCGAGCCUUACAUGAAGGCAACAAAGGAUCCUCGCUUAGGGCUCAAAGUCCACAAAACUAUACAAGCUUAUGCCAACCGAGUUGGAAAUUAUCGAAUGCCAUUUGCUUGGGCUGCUAAACCUUUAUUCAAAUUAUACAGCAACGAUUUGGACACUACUCCAGAAUUCCCAGCAAUUUAUCGCCAAGAACCGAAUAAGAUGUCAGAUGAGGACAUACUCAAAAUCUUAUCUGAUUACCGUAAACCGGAAAAAUUGGCGAAACUUACCGUCAUACCGGGAUGGCUGAGCAUUAAUAUACAGCAGAGUGUAGAACAAAUACCAAAUUGUAUGACUAGUUCCUACGCAGCCUUAAAGCCGUUUCCGCUGCCACCGCCUUCGCCCCUAACUUUGGAAUUGGCUACGUUGAACUUAGAACCAGAACAACCUUACGCAGCGUUCUUACACCAUUUGUAUGUCAGACCGCUGUCGUUAAACUUUGAGUCGCAGAAGAUGUUCGUUCGAGCUAGGAACAUCGCCUGCUCUAUAGAGCUCAAGGAAAACGACUCAGGCGAUGUUAAGCCAUUGCAGGUUAUAUACGGGCGCACGGGUAUGACGUCACAAUACCGUUGCUCAGUAUUGCAUCACAAUGCAAAUCCUAAUUGGUGCGAUGAAGCUAAAAUAAGACUACCGACUACCAUUACACCAUCACACCACUUGCUGUUUACCUUCCACCACAUUUCCUGUGAUCUUGCCAAGAAGAACGAUACGAAUGUCGAAACUUGUAUAGGGUAUGCGUGGGUCCCGUUGCUGAAAAAUGACAAAUUUAUUGAUGAAUUUGUGAGUUUACCUAUUGCUACCCAUUUACCAUCUGGAUAUUUGUCAAUACAACCACUCGGUCUCGGCAGAGGGAAUACGGGUCCAGAAGUAGUUUGGGUUGAAGGAGAGAAACCGCUGUUCCGUUGCCAACUAGUCCUGGACUCAACGGUCGCCACUCGGGACGUCCACUUACAUAAUCUAUUCUCACAAAUCGAACGCCUGAUAAAAACCAGUUCUCCCCCCACCUCCCCGACGCCCCCGCCGUGGCACGACGUGUGCAACGCACUCAAAACUGCGCACGCGAUUAAUCUGAGUUCUUUGAUUGCGUUUCUACCAACAAUAUUAAAUCAGCUCUUUGACCUUAUGACGAUUGAAAAAGGUUACUCGCACGAUAUGGGCUUCCAAGUGGUUAAAUUGAUUGUACAUUUUGUACAUUUGUUACAUGACUGUGGGAGGAAAGAUCUUCUGGACAGUUAUGUGAAGUAUGUCUUCAACUGCGUGGAAUUCAAAUUACACACCGUGUUGACAGCCCCCUUGCAUAUGUUCGUCGAUCCCAAUCAGCAGGACUUUCUGAUGUGUCAUAAGUUUAUGCAGUAUUCCAAUUUUUUCUUCGACAUCAUUAUUAAGAGCAUGGCGCAAUAUUUGAUAAAUACAGGAAGGAUUAAGAUGUCUCGAAACGAACGGUUUCACAGUGACUUACUAGAAAAUAUUGAUAAAUUGGUAACCGCCGUCGAGCCUUCGCAUAUUUUGCAACAGCCAAUGCAGACUCAUAUAUUCAACAAAAAUUUGGCUGUUUUUUUAAAAUCUUGUCUCUCGUUUAUGGAUCGAGGGUUCAUAUUCCGCCAAGUGAAGAAAUAUUUAGAAAAAUUUAAAACAUGUGACCCAAAGGCAUUGUUUGAUUUUAAAUUCACAUUUUUGCAAACUAUUUGCUCGCACGAACACUACGUUCCUUUUAACUUGCCGUUACAAGCCAACAAGUUAGCCAAAGAUUCAGAUGAAGAACCAUCAAGAUUGAGACUGACUGACGAAUUUGUAAUGAGACACUUUCUCGCCGGAGUCCUUUUGAAACAGGUGGAGCAGUCGCUGCGAGAGGCGCCGCAGAAGCGUCGCUGCGCGCUGGGCGUGCUGCGCGCGCUGCUGGCCAAGCACGAGCACGACGAGCGCUACCGCACGCGACAGGCGCGCGCGCGCCUCGCGCAGCUCUACGCGCCCUGGCUCGCCGUCGUGCUCGACAACGCUCAUCGUCUCGUCACUAAGACGCUCGCGAGUCCCGUCCUGGAGAAUGGUCUCGACAGAGUGGACGGGGACGCAACCGGUACUUCUGCGCUCACCAGCACGCAGAAGGAGGUCGCAUCCGCUAACAGUACUCCGCGGAGGAACAGACUGACGUUGCAUUUCGAUCACACGCCUGUCCGCAAUUCCGCACACUUCAAGGAUCCCCCGAAUAUCAGCAGCAACAUGUACGGCAAAGAUAACGCAAAUAACAUGUCGCAAAGCUCUUUAGAGUCGGUCUCGACGAUGUCCGGUGGGGACUCGUUGCCGCGGAACGCUCGGUUAGAUUUGAGUGAAAUUGGGGAUCAAGUUAACAGAUUUGGUGUGAUGUCCGCGGAGGAGGUGCGCGAUGUGCUUUUGUGUUUCUUAUUUGUUUUGAAAUAUUUGGAUGAAGACAGACUAGUUGAGUGGUGGAGGACUCAUUCGCCGGCGCAACAACAAUCAUUUUUCAAUGUUUUAGAAAUAUGUGCAGAACAGUUUCAAUAUAUAGGUAGGAAGAAAAUCCUAUCAGAGCUACGCGUGCCAUCACCGGACUGCAACGGCAAGCCGAAACCAAUGAAAGCCAGAACUUUACCCGCUAGAAUGAGUCCACCAGACUUCUCGAAGGAACCGCCGAUUAUUGUCGAGAAGAACAACACUGUUAACAGGGAAAAUCUAGUCAAUACUUCGGUUACAAAUGAGUUAGAGACGAUGUCAGAAUACACAGUACUGUCCGCCGGUUGUUUGGCCACGGAAGUAGGACUGACUAUCAUAGAUAGGGCUUGUUUAUUCAUGCGGAAUUUGGGUCCGGCGGACGGAGCCGCAGCUAGACCCUAUCUGAAACUAUUGCAGUACCCACAGAGCGAAACUCUAUAUAAACAUCUCUUUGCGGCUUUAAGAGCCUAUAUUAAUCAAUACUCUGAAACACUUUUUGAAGGCGGCAGCGCGCUGUGCGGCGGCUGCGUGCGCGCCGUGGUGGCGCUGUGCGCGGCGCGCGCGGCGUGGCUGCGGCGCGAGGCGGCGGCCGCGCUCUACCUGCUCAUGCGCGCCAACUUCCAGCACAAGGACGUCGGCAACCUCACGCGCGUGCAUCUGCAGGUCAUUAUCGCUGUGUCGAAACUGCAGGAUAGUUCGACGUCACUCAACUGUAAACGUUUUCAAGAAUCACUCUCGGUCAUAAAUUGUUUCGCUACUGGCGACAAGGCUAUGAAGGGAACAGGUCUGUCGAGCGAAGUAGCGGAGUUGAUGCGUCGCGUCCGCACAGUGGUGGGAGCUCGCGCGCGCCUCGCAGGAGUCGGCGGUUCAGCUGGUGCAGGCGCGGGCAGCGUGCACCUGGCCGAGCUGCAGCACGCGCUGGCGGCGUCGUGCCGCGCCACGCCGCGCCUGCGCCACGCCUGGCUCGCCACGCUCGCCGAGCACAACGCUCGCCACGCCGACCACGACGAGGCGAUGUGUUGCCAGCUUCACAUAGCUGCGCUCAUAGCCGAGUAUCUAAAGCAACGUGGAACCCAAGCUUGGGGCGCAGAAGCCUUCGAUGGGUUGUCGAAGAACAUUCCGAGAGAUGAGACGGGCAUUAAGAUAGAUGAAGGUAUGACAGACGUCCAUUAUAACGAACAAUCACUCCUGGAUCAACUGAUGUUGUGCACAGAGUACGUUGAUAAAGCAGAGCGAUAUGAACUUCUAGGACCCUUGUACCGACUUGUGAUUCCGAUAUACGAGCGAAGGAAGGAUUAUCAAGCGCUCCUCACAUGUUACCAACAUCUUACCAAAGCUUACGCUAAAGUCAUCGAAGUCACCAAUUCGGGAAAAAGACUUUUGGGUAGAUUCUAUCGAGUGGCCUUUUUCGGAAAAGCCCACUUCGGCGAUGACGAAGAGGGCAUAGAGUUUAUUUACAAGGAACCAAAGUUGACGUCACUGAGCGAAAUCUCAGAAAAACUUCAAAAUUUCUACGAGCAAAAAUUCGGCGCUGACUGCGUCAAAAUGAUAAUGGAUUCGGCGCCGGUGAACCGCGAUGAGUUAGAUAGCAAGCUGGCGUACAUCCAAGUCACGUGGGUGCGCGCAUCGCCCGAAGGAAUGUCAGCCACACACUCCGCAGGAGAAGGUUCCUUCGACCGGGUCCAUAACGUCAGACGUUUCGUCUUCGAGACUCCCUUCACCAGAGACGGAGCUGCACGUGGGCCCGUACAUCAUCAAAGACUACGGCUUACCCAUCUCACUGCUGACAGUUGGUUCCCGUAUGUAAAGCGUCGCGUGCCGGUUAUCGAAACCCAAGUAGAAGAGAAAAGCCCCAUAGAAGUCGCGGUUUCCGAGAUGGAAAGUCAGGUGGGCGAGCUAGCGGAAAUCGUCAACGCUAAGGCGCCAGACAUCAAGAAACUGCAACUCAGAUUACAAGGCAGCAUAUGCGUGCAAGUAAAUGCUGGUCCAUUGGCAUAUGCGAAUGCGUUCCUAGACCCAACGUUAGCUCCGAUGUAUCCAGAUGAUAUGGUCGACAAAUUAAAGGCUAUAUUUAAGGAAUUCCUGACAAUUUGCCACGCGGCUCUGCAGUUGAAUGCAAAAUUAAUAAGCUCCGACCAGGUGACGUACCAGGAAGCUCUCGAAUCAAACUACUAUAAGCUAAGCGACUCUCUCUCCAGCAUGCUGGGCCAGCCCCUGCAGGACAUACUCGUCAAUGGAAACCUCAGUACUACUGUCACUGGGGUCGAACUCGAUUCAAGCAAUGCUUAAAAUAUUAAACUACUAUCGAUAUAUAUAUUACCGAUUUAAGUAUAAAAAAUUGAACUAAUUUUCGAACGAUGCCAGGCAUUUUGCCAAUUAUCGAAUCAUGAAAAUAUAAUUUAGCCAAAUAAAUCUUAACCAUACUUGGAAAAUAAUAUAACUCGGUAAAGUAUGUACGGCUAUCAUAAUAUAGAAAUAGGUACGCACGACUUUAUAUUCCUUUUUUAAAUUAUGAUAGUUUGUAAUAAAUUAAACCUCUUUAACAGUACGUGAUAUUAACGUACAAUUUUGCUCUUUGUCUAUGGAUAAACAAAACUUUUUGGCGUAUUACCAAAAAAUAUAUCUCCUGUAGAGUCAUAAAUAUUCUUUAAUUUAUUUAGGCCUAUUAAUUAUCAAGCGUAUUAUAAAAUUGCUAUCAAGACAUUUUAUUAAAUAAAGGUCUGCAUAUAAUCUCAUUUUUAUAAAAGGUAAUUUUUCGAUAAACUUUUAGCUAGGAUUUCUAUAACUCUAAAUGAUAUCUCUAAGAUUGCUCUUUAGUUUCGUAGCCAGUUAGUUAGCAAUCGUUAAGAGUAUUGUUCAAUUAUAAUAUAAUUAUAAUCUCAAAAUUAAUUUAUAUAUUAAAUAUUCAUACAAAAUACGAAUCUUAAAUUAAAUUUAUAUUGAAUUUUUUAUAGGCGAAUUACCAUGAAAACUAUUUAUUAAAUUCCAACAGACAUGAUAACAGUGAACAAUUCAUAAAGAAAAAGUUAGUACACAAAAAAAAACUGAACAAACUAUACAAGUCAAUUACAAGAUCCUUCCUGUUUGUAAACUAUUACUUACAAGUUAAACGAAGUAUUUCGUUACUAUAACAAAAUUAUACAGGAUGAAUAUUUCUACUGGGCUAGCAUGGCUAAAUCCGAAACUCUAACGGAUAGCAAAAAAAUACUCCAAAGGAAGAUUUGUUAGACCUGAUUUUAAUGAAAACUAAAACUGCAUCCUAAAGUUUUUUUAUUAGACUUUUCAAGUCAAUGUUUCUAGCCAAUACAAUAAAAAUUAAUUCAGUAUUUGAUUUUAUUGAUUUUUAAAAAAUCCAAUGAUGUCGUUUAAGUUUUCAUUAAAAUAAGGCCCGAGAUUCCUUUGAGUUUUUUUUCUCUCUCUGAUAUAAUACAUCUCUAAUAUAAUAUCCCAUAUCUGAUCUAUACAAAAUAAGUUGUCUGUAUUUUACAUUAUUUUAAGUAACAAACAAACAUAUACUAUAUCAUUAUAGUUAUAUACAAUGAAAAGUGUGAUUAGAACGUUUUUUUUUGUGACUUAUAUGAUAUUAUAAUAGACAUCUUCCUUAUAAUCGCUAUCGAAGAAUAAUACCGCCUUAUUUGUACAAACAUGACAACGGCAAUAAAAAUAAUUAAUUAGUUUGUAUCCCAAUAUUAUCAGGAACUCUAUAAAUGAGGUGUUGCCAUAUAUAUAAAAAGAGUGAUACGAAAUCGUUGCUAAAAUCCGAUUUAAUCGUACCAAAUUCCCUCCGUAUUUUGACCUUUUAUCUUUACUAAGACGUAGCAAAAUCAAUUACAACUUUAUAUAACUUGUCCCAAAUUUAUAAGUAUUAUGUAUAAAUAACUAAAUAAGAUUUAAAGUUCCUUUCUUCGAUUUCAAACUUACCUUAUUGAAAUAUGUCACCUAUUUAUCAUGAAUUUUGAAAUACAAUCAUUACACUUAUGUAGAUAGAAAUAUACUUACACAUUAAUAUGUAUAUCGCUCAACCAAAAUGUCGUACCUUUCCUAAACUAGUUAUAAUUCAUGACCUCUGUGACACCUAGCCACGAUUACAAAGAUCUUUGAUUCGUUUCAUAGACGAAGAAUGGACUUAGAGGGCGGAAAAGUUUGAAAGUGAUCUGUUGCUAAGUUCUCUGACUAUGAAUUCUCUACUCGUUCUUGAAAUAUGAACACGCAACGUAUGUCACGCUACCUACAUUGCUGUAGAUAUCAUUACUUACUAUAAUAAACAUGCGUUAAUGAAUAUCUAACAGUUACAACUGAGCAUUCUCCUAUAAAUAAGCUUUUUUUAGAUUUAAAAUUUUCUUACAUUUUAUACGUAUUCAAUAUAUGCAAAGCAUAAGAUAAAUAUUAUUAAAAAAUAUAAUAUACCGGUAUAUUAAGUUAUUUGCAGUAUCAAUGUUUGCAUUGCUAAUUUUUCAAACACACUAAAAACAGACGCUUUCAAGAAACAUUAUCACGUGCGCAACUAAUAAGUUAAAUAAUUGUUUUUUUUUUUUUUAUUAAAAAACUGCGAUACCAAUUUUUAUUCGAUCUAUUUAAAGCCAUGUAUUUGUAACAAAUAGGAAAUGAGAAAUGAAUAUCAUAAUAGUUGUAAUUUAAUUUUUAAAUUUAAAUACUUUUUAGUACAAGUUGAUGUUCCGUUUUAAUUUUAUGAGAAGUUUAAUGUCAGUGUUUAUUUAUUGUGUU